AGAGUGAGUCUAUCGGUUUCUGCAAUUAAGAAAAUCAACAAAACACAACAUCGGGGCAUAAAACAUAAACUAUUAAACUUGUAACCAUUAUUUACCUACAAAUGAGUGUUCUUUGUUAAUUAAUUGAGAUAGAGUAUAGUUAAGUUUAUUAAAUAAGCAUACAUUGGGAGCAAGGGAAAUUGAAAAACAAAGGAAUACCCACACACCUUAGAAAAGAUUAAUCAUGGACAUCUCAAAGGCACCUAAUCCACGAAAACUGGACCUUUGUCGCAAAUAUUUCUUUGCUGGUUUUGCCUUCCUGCCUUUCGUGUGGGCCAUCAACGUUUGCUGGUUUUUCCAGGAGGCCUUCCAUAAGCCCCCGUAUCCGGAACAGAGUCAGAUAAAGAGAUUUGUAAUAUACUCUGCGGUGGGGACUUUAUUCUGGCUCAUAGUACUGACUGCUUGGAUAGUGAUAUUCCAGACGAAUCGCACAGCUUGGGGCGCCACAGCCGAUUAUAUGAGCUUUAUCAUACCCCUGGGCAGUGCUUAACAAAGAACCCUAGAAAUAACUAACUUAUGAUAUUAAAAAAGACUUAAUCCCAAAUAUAA